AUGGCAAAUUUGCUAAACAUGUUCUUUUCAAUAAUGCUUAUCGAAGUAUCUCUUUUAGCAUUGUUGAUGGGAAAUUCCAAAGCAACUCAUCGCUUUAUUGAUAUUAAGGAUCAUAUUGAUCACCAAGUUUCCUUACAAACGAGGAGUGUUCAUCGCAUUGCAAGAUUGAGUCCAGAAGGACCUAAUCCACACCACGACAAUUCCUUACAGCCAAAAAGUGAUCAUCACAUUGCAAAAUUGAGUCCAAGAGGUCCCGAUCCACAUCACCAUCUUUCCUUACAAACGAGGAAUGUUCAUCACAUUGCAAGAUUGAGUCCAGAAGGUCCAGAUCCACACCACCAUGUUUCCUUACCAACGGGGAAUGUUCAUCACAUUGAAAGAUUGAGUCCAGGAGGUCCAGAUUCACACCACCAUGAUUUCUUGCAAACUAGCAAAUGUUCAUGA